AUGUUCGGCCGCAUCCUCUUGACCGUCGACUCCCUCGGCCUCAUUUUCGGGGCCUGGCUCGCGGACUACAACUCCGAGUCGCACAUCUUCAACCCACGGUGGCCGCCGCAUGCGAAAUUCCACUGCGGCCAGACAAUCGGGCUGAGCACAGCCCUCGGCGUAGCAACAUUGUUCCUGGCCUGGCGGCCGCUGCUGGUGCGGUCGACCAGCCCGGCGGUGGCGCGCGACUCGCUCAAAAUGGCGGCGUUUACGGGGAGCGUGUACUGGCUGGCGGGGCUGGCGGCGAUCCUGUUCCCGGGGACGGACGGGCUGGACCCGGAAUUUGGGGGCCUGGUUGGGUCGUGGCUGGGAUAA